AUUUACAAAGUAAUGCGUUAGAUUACUAGUUACUGCGUUACAGUAACGCGUUAGUCCCAACACUGCCUGUAACACACAACACACCUGUACCUGUCUUUAUCAUCAUGUGCUCAGCAGCUACAGUGUAUAAAUGUCUACACGUACAUGUAUUGAUCAUCUAUAUGUUUGAUCAUCUAUAUGUUUGAUCAUCUAUAUGUUUGAUAGUGUAAUAUACCACCUGUCCUACACCUGAAUGUGAACCCCCUGUCUUUCAGGCCACCCUGUCCCUGCUGCUGGACCACCUGAGCCUGGUGGCCUCCCUCAGCCCCUGGAACAGGAUGACCCACCAGAACCUGGCGGUCUGCUUCGGCCCGGUUUUGCUCACCCCCACCCAGGAGGCCUGGAGGGGAGGGGGAGGCAGGAUGGGGGGGAAGGCGUUGGGGGAGGAGAGUGCGGUGGACUUCAAGAGACACAUCGAGGCUCUGCAUUACCUGCUGCAGCUGUGGCCAGUGCCGACCAAUCGAGUGCCAUCAGACGACCACAGCGACGCCUCCCCCCCUCCCUCCCCCGGCCUGACCCAUAAACCCCUGCGGAAGAAGCAGCCUCGGCUUCCUGCGCUGCGAAUGGCUCAGAGCCCUGAACAGAAAGUGGUGUCACGCCGCGGUCGAGACGCCCGGUUGGAGAGUCCGCCACCGAUCAACCGGUACGCCGGGGACUGGAGCGUUUGUGGGCGGGACUUCCUGUCCGGACAGGAAGCCGACUAUGACGAGGUGGCAGGAAGCGACAGCGACGGAGGCAGCAGUGAUGAAGAGGAGCAGAAGAAAAGGUGCAGCAGUGAUGAAGAGGAGCAGAAGAAGAGGUCCUGGUCUUCAUCAGCAGCAGGACCAGGUCUUUAUGUCGAAGAGUUCCUGGACUUUGACGCUCCGUUCAACUGUCGACUGAGUUUGAAGGACUUCGACACUCUGAUCCACGACCUGGAGCGAGAACUGAUCCACAUCUGCCUGUAGUUCCUGAUGUUCCUGAUCUUCCUGAUGGUUCUGAUGUUCCUGAUAGUUCUGAUGGUUCUGAUGGUUCUGAUGGUUCUGAUUGUUCCUGGUGGUUCUAAGGUUCCUGAUGGUUCUGAUUGUUCCUGGUGGUUCCAAGGUUCCUGAUGGUCCUGAUGGUUCUGAUGGUUCUGAUUGUUCCUGGUGGUUCUAAGGUUCCUGAUGGUUCUGAUGUUCCUGAUGUUCCUGAUGGUUCUGAUGGUUAUGAUGGUUCUGAUGGUUCUGAUGGUUCUGAUUGUUCCUGGUGGUUCCAAGGUUCCUGAUGGUCCUGAUGGUUCUGAUGGUUCUGAUUGUUCCUAGUGGUUCUAAGGUUCCUGAUGGUUCUGAUGGUUCUAAGGUUUCUGGUGGUUCCUGGUGGUUCCUGGUGGUUCUAAGGUUCUUGAUGUUCCUUUGCCGUCAAAGCAGAUUAUUUAUUUUUUUUGAUCGAAAGGUAAACGUAGCUCUAAACUGAAGGAGACGAGAGGGAACUAAUGUUGGUUCCCUCAUCAGAACAGUUUUAUUUGUAUUAUUGCUAUUAUUAUUGUUGGUGCAGUGUGGACCCUCUGAAGAUGUGAACGGGUUCUGGUGGUUCUGGUGGUUCUGGGUAUCAGGGUACUAUCCUGUCGGGCUGUUGAAGCCAUAAUCUCUAUUUUACAUCUUACAACUUUGAAGGGAACGUCUUGCAGAACCCAUUGCGCUGCUGCUUCUCCUAUUCCUUCCAGGUUCUCCUCCCAGGUUCUCCUUCAGGGUUCUCCUAGUCCUUCAGUUUCCUGUUAGUCCUGCAGGUCCUAAAGGGUUCCUGUAGGGUUCAGGUUCCUGAUGGUUUCAGGUUCCCCUGGAUUCCAGCAGAGCGAUGUGUUCUGCAGAGGUUCUUCAGUAUUUCGCGGUACAGAGUGAUGAAGGAAUCCGUACUGAGGGUUACAGACAGAAGCUGUUUACUGUUUGUUUCUCAUGUUUGUUGACAGUAUUUUUGUGUUGACAGUAUUGUUGUUUGGUUGACAGUAUUAUUGUUUUGUUGACAGUAUUAUUGUUUUGUUGACAGUAUUGUUUUGUUGACAGUAUUGUUGUUUUGCACAGAUAUUAAGCACUUCUGUUGUUAUUGACGACGAUGUUUCUAUGCAGAUGAACCAAAGUGUGGAAGCACAUUUCCUGUCUGUAUGUUUUAUAACCCGACCAAAUAUUAAACACUUAUUAUUAUUA